AGUAAAAAAGGGAUAUCAAGAAAUAUCAAUUUUAUUGGAUAAAAUAUGACAUUAGCACUUAAUAAAACACAGGAUUAUAAGAAAUUGCAUAAAAGAAGAAAGAAAUCGCGUUUUCCUCGAAAAACUCCAUCAAUUAAAACGGCUCAAGUAGAAAAAGAUAUAAAAGAAAUAUGUAUGAAAGAAGUUAAAAAAGAUACUAAUACAACGGUUGAUGUGUCUUGUACAUCUUUAAAUGCACUGAAAGAACCAGAAUCUCGAAAACUUUUAGAAAUGCUUGAAGAUCAUUUUCAAGAUUUACAACGUGAUACUCAAGAUAAGUAUAAAAAAGAAUUACAGGAAUAUGCGGAAAAAAUGUUCAAAUUGACAUCUAACGAUUCAAUCGAAACUAUUCUUCAAUCUAUGCAACAAGAACUCGAAUAUGCACGUUCUGAUUCUGCUUUUGUUCUUAGUCAAGAAGCUACUCUUCAAAAAGCUCUACAACGAUUAUCUACAUGUUUAGAAACAUAUACAAAAGAAACAAAACUUAUUCAAACACAAAUACAAUCUCUUAUGACUGAUAAAACAUUUGAAGAUGAUUUAUGGGCAGAUGCAGAUGCACUUAUAGAAGAGGCAGAUGCACUUUCACAAGAAUAUUUAAAUAAAAUGAAAGAUUCGAUGCAGAAAUGUAAUGAAAUUGAUAAAGAAAAUAAACGUAAAUUAAUGAAUCAACUACUCUAAAUAUUGCUUAAAAUCUUUAUAUCUAUAUUCAUCAACUCGACAACAC